AUGGACAAGUGGCGUGAGCCUGCACCUGCAUCAUCUUCCGCGCCGAGUGCGCCUGACAAAGCGGAGGGUAUGCAUCGGCUAUCAGGCUAUCAGAUGGAGGUCGUGCGAACAUACUUCACCGAGGACUGCGACCUGACAGUGAUCUGCGAGGUCUUCAAGAGACAGGUCUACAGGCCCUCUGGUGUGCCACAACAGCCCUUGCUUCAGGGCGGAAGUUUCCGCCCAGACAAGAGCAUGGAGAAGGCCCGUUGCGAGGUGGUGGACAAGUGGCGUGAGCACCUGCAUCAUCUUCCACGCCGAGUGCGCCUGCUUCAGCCAGAGGCAUCGGGAUCUGGCAGCGAGAACGAGGACACGUUUGCGUCGGAUGAGGAAAACCAACAGGCACCAGCUCUGGCCAGGGAGACGGGGAGCAGCAUGGGCAUUAUCGACACGCUCAUGCUGCGUGCGGGCUUGCGCGAGAAGGCGCUGCCCUUGAUGGACACCUUUCGGCGAGAUCGCUAUCAGAUGGAGGUCGUGCGAACAUACUUCACCGAGGACUGGGACCUGACAGUGAUCUACGAGGUCUUCAAGAGACAGGUUGUCAUUGGACAUGCGAUCGCCUCCGUGACAUCAGUUAUGCACUAUUCAAAAGAAAGUGCAGAUGUGGUACGUGUGACAAUUUUCAAUGCAGUUGAGAUCCUAUAUGCGAUCGCUGCCGUUUGCCCGGACCGAACCAUAAUGUCCGUCCGCUUGGGCCCGGGGCCUGCAGGAGAGUCUCCUGGAGCCCCGGAACACAUCACUGCUGUGAAGGUCUGGGGCUGGGAGGUAAGCCUCCUUGGAGACGAUCGCGGCGACGGUUCCGGUGUGCCUGCGGAAGCGGCGAUUGAGGCCAUGUCCGCGGUGCGGAAGAGCAUCAGGGAUGCCAUGAAAGUCACGCCGUCGGAAGAGACGCCGGCAGGAGACGGCAGGUCACGCAAGCUCCAGAGAGAGAGGUUUGAAGCCGAGAUGCCCUCAAAGGUCCUGGAUGGGCUGCUCAGUCUGGUGGUGGAGGCGUCCGAGCACCUCGCCAGCACCAUUGAACCAAAGAUGCGAAUGUCGGAGUCGUACGCUCGAGGACGGAAGCGUCGAGAGAAGGCGAACAAGGCGACAUGGGCAGAGGUCCUUUUGGCUGGGGAGGAGACCGGUUUCGUUGACUUCUUGCGGCCGUUGGAGUUGAGCACGGACCCUGAUGUGGUGUCGAAGCGCGAGAGUCGGAGGAUGAGGAUCGGCCAGAAAUCGCCAAAAUUCCGUUGCCCUGUUUGCCAAGAGGCCAGCCUCACUGCAGAUUACAUGGUUCGUGUGCAGUCAUCCAGUAAAUGUGCUUGCAUGAGCCUGUGCUCUCGUCACUCGCCAUGUUGA